AUGACUGAGCAUCCCAAUUAUAAGUAUAGACCCCGACGCAGGAAACAUAAUAAACAAAGAGCCACUACAGGACCAGGACCGCGUGUAGGCACUUCUCUCUCCAGUCCUAAUCUGCCUAAUAUGUCACCGAGAUACUCUGGAUAUAUUCCUCCAAACACUAGUCUUUCACCCAGUCUUCAACAGCAACAAGGUUAUACGUCUAUCGAUUUCCCGAGCCCAGGAAAUAGUGUUGAUUAUACCAAUGAAAAACGAUACAGUCCUGAUAGUUAUAAAUUUAAUAACCACUAUAACUAUUUACCCUACCAAAACUAUUCACAAAAAAGUCCAUAUUCGACGCAAUCCCCUGACAUUUCCCCAACUCAAAGUCCUGAUCCCAAAAAUAUUCCCAGUAGCCCUUCAGACGUAAAAGAACAAAUCGACAAAAGUAGUGCUUUGCCUACACCGGAUCUUUCACCGAUGGAUCAGGAUAAAGACCAAUAUCAGACUUAUAAAGAAGAAUCAAGAUCAUCAACCGCACAAAACACAGUUGCAACUAGCAAGCCAAAUUACAACAUCAGAGUACAUAAUUAUCAACAAAGUGGUCCACAGUACACCAACACACAACCCAUCACUUCAGUACCUAUGGCUAACGGUAUGUACAUUAUGUGUGCUAAUAAGAGUAGUGUGGAGCAAGGACAAAUAGUAACAGGAACAUUUUAUCCUCCAGUAGCUACUUCCCAGGAUCAACAAUUACUGGGAAGCUCGCACAGCAGUGGCAUUAACACAACUAGUAACUUAAAUUAUUAUAGUUCAAAUGUACAGUCUUAUUAUGGGAAAGAAUAUCCUUAUGAGCAACAUGACCAAAGCAAGGACACAUUUCUGGGAUAUCAACCUAUGAAAGUUAUGGAAAAACCAGAAUAUAUCCCUAUAUACAAACCCAAUCAAAUUGAAGAACACUAUGACUACAGUCAUGAAAAUCACUUAACUCAAUCUUUUAUUUCAAAUACUAAUCCCGAAAAUCGCAGUGAUGUUGAUGGCGAUGAUGUAGACACUAGGGAAUUUGACAAGUACCUCAAGUUUACUAAUUCUGAACCAAACGUAAUCGACUCCAACCAUAACUAUCGAAAUGAAGGUAUGAGUUCGAAUGUAUAUAAUUAUCCAGCUCAACAAACGUCUGUGAUUUUACCCAAUGCAAAUAUAAAACCUGAACCCUUUAUUCCACACUGCCCAGAGAUUUAUGAACUAGCUGCUAAUGGCGUUACAAAAAACGAGGACGAUUUUAGUGAAAUUUUAGCUGGUGUUAGAAAGACUUGUUUUAGUACUUAA